AUGGACUACCAGAGAUUCAUUAGACAGUUUAAUACAAGGGUGUGUGCUAAUACCAGCUCAUAUGAAGAACGUUUGAACUUUCUUCUGCAAUUUACCAGUGGUGAGGCUAACAGAAUAGUGACUGGAUAUUCACACUUAAAUGCUGAAAGCGGAUACAAGGCAGCGAUGGAUGAAUUCAAAGAUCGAUAUGGUGAUCCAGACAUUGUUGCGCAAGCUUAUGUGAAAAAAGCAUUGAAUUGGUCGUCAAUAAAACAAGACAAUGCAAGGGGACUUGAUGACUAUGCAAUAUUCCUUACAGAGUGUCAGCAUGCUGUCAACAACGUAGCCAGCGCUAGAGCCUUAGAGUAUCCAGAGAACAUGAAACUUAUUAUAAAGAAACUUCCGUUCUACUUACAAGAAAAGUGGCGAAAUGUUGUGUACGAGCUCAAAGACAGAAGAAAAGUUGUGAAGUUUGAGAACUUAGUGAAGUUUGUUCGUAAGGAAGCUAAAAAGGCCAACGACCCUAUUUAUGGAAGAGAAGUGAUGAAUAUCUCAACAUCUUCAACCCACGGACAGAAUGUUAAACCAGCCACAUUCUCAAAACAGAAAGGGAACUUUGCAACUAAGACCGUGGAAUCCCAUCUAUCUACAAACAAUUAUGCAUAUGAACAACAUAGACCAAAAUCAUCUGGAUUUGUGAAACCAUGUGCUUAUUGUCAAGGCACAUCACAUUCAUUGGAAGAGUGCCGGAACAUUAUGAAGCUACCCCUAAAGGACAGAUAUGAAGUGUUGAAGUCCAAGGGACUGUGUUUCUCGUGUUUGAGAUCAGGACAUCUUAAGGAAGCCUGUCAACACAAGUUAUACUGCGUUCACUGUAAGAAGUGUCACCCAUCUAUACUUCAUGUGAUACCUCGACAAGGCAAGGAAAACCCAGUGACUACUGAUCAAAACAACAACAGCUCAUCUGCAGCCGUUUCUUCAACAGCGCAUAUGGGGGCUGGGGACUCAGUGAGGCAAGCGCUUCCAGUCAUACCAGUACGUCUGAAAUCAAGAAACAGUGACAAAUUUAUUACAACUUAUGCUUUCUUGGAUUCUGGGAGUACAGCGACAUUUUGUACAGAGGAAAUCGCAAGAUCACUUCACCUUGAAGGCAAAAAGACUGUGCUCAACUUAACAACCAUGGGACAGCAGAGGACAGAGAACUGUAGCAUUCUAUCUGGUCUUGAAGUGAGUGAUUUAAAUGGUGAUCACACAAUUGACUUACCUCCUAUAUACACUCAACCGGAUCUGCCCAUAUCUAAGAAAGACAUUGGUACGUCCGAGGACCUACAUAGAUGGCCGCAUCUGCGUGAUGUACAUAUUGACACCAUAGAUAGUGAUGUUGACUCAUUAGGAUGGGUAAUCAAUGGACCGCUUGAUACCAGACCAGAGAAUGGUACUUACAGUACAUACGUCACAGUCAACCGUAUCGACGCAAGAUUAGAGGAGCAAGUGAGAUAUCAAUUCAAUCAUGACUUUAGUGAAAGAGCUAUCGAUGAUGUUCCAGAGCCGUCAAGGGACGACAGGAGAUUUCUCGACUUUGUGACAAAUUCAGUUCGCUUUGAAAAUGGACAUUAUGUCAUUGGUCUACCAUUCAAAUCAGAAAAUGUGAUAAUGCCAAACAACAGAAAACAAGCAGAACAGAGACUGAAUUCCUUGGCUAAGAAACUUUGUAGUGACAGUGAAUUCCAUGACAAUUAUAAAGCCUUUAUGGACAAAAUUAUUAGCGAAGGCUAUGCACGAAAGGUACCUAUAGAAGACUUGAAUCAAGAUGAUGGACACGUUUGGUAUUUGCCGCAUCAUGGUGUACUACAUCCCAAGAAGAAAAAACUUCGAGUUGUGUUCGACUGUGCAGCGAGGUUCCAAGGGACUUCACUGAAUGAACAAUUAUUACAGGGCCCUAACUUGACAAACACACUCAUCGGGACUUUGAUGCGAUUUAGAGAGGAGGAAAUCGCUGUGAUGGGAGAUAUCGAUAGUAUGUUCUACCAAGUACGUGUUCCGCCACAAGAUGCUACUUUUCUACGAUUUCUCUGGUGGAAAGAUGGAAAUCCUUCCAAUAGUUUACUAGAGUACCAGAUGAUCGUGCAUUUGUUUGGAGCCACAUCUUCUCCUAGUUGCGCCAACUUUUGUUUACGAAAAACAGCUCAAGAUUGGUCAGGACAUUUUAGUGAUGAGACAAUAAAGACAGUUCUUCAGAAUUUCUACGUUGAUGAUUGUCUGAAGUCAGUGAAUUCUGUAAGAAAUGCUGUGACAUUGGUGAAAGAGUUACAGGGAAUAUUGGAAAGUGGGGGAUUUCAUAUAUCGAAGUGGAUCAGCAACAGUCGUGAGGUCAUGUAUUCGAUACCAAAAUCCGAUAGAGCUAAAGAGGUCAAGGACUUGGAUCUUGACUAUGAUACACUACCGGUAGAGAGAGCCCUCGGCAUCCAGUGGUGUGUGAAUUCUGACAUCUUUCAGUUUAAACUGGACUUCAACAGGAAACCACUUACAAGGCGGGGAAUUCUGUCAAUGGUGAGCGGUGUGUUUGACCCACUGGGAUUCUUAGCUCCACUACUACUCAAGGCCAAGAUCAUUCUGCAGGAAUUGUGCAAACUUCAGCUUGGAUGGGACGACAAGAUUCCAGAUGACACUGCUACUCAGUGGAAUAAUUGGUACCAAGAUCUCGAGAAACUGAGGGACUUCAAAGUGAACAGAUGUCUGAAACCUUAUGGUUUUCAUCCACUCAUGGUACAGUUACAUCAUUUUGCUGAUGCGAGUGAAACUGGAUAUGGUACAGUGUCAUACUUGUGCAUGGAGAACGCUUCUGGUGAACGUCACUGUUCCUUUAUUAUGGGAAAAUCCCGCGUUGCUCCACUUAAGACAACAUCUAUUCCACGAUUGGAGUUGACAGCAGCCACGGUAGCCGUCAGAACCAAUAGGAUGUUACUUAGAGAAUUGAAUAUUCCUGUCCAUCGUAUUACAUACUGGACCGACAGCAUGGCCGUUCUACGUUAUAUUCAGAAUAGUACGGCGAGAUUUUAUACUUUUGUGGCAAACAGAUUAGCAGUUAUCCACGAAGGGUCACAACCAACUGACUGGAGAUACAUUAACACAAGGUUGAAUCCAGUGGAUCAUGCAUCUAGAGGUAUCUCUGCAGAUGGCUUAUUGAAACAGGAGAACUGGAUCAAACCCCCCAAUUUCCUGUUUGAACCUGAGGAUCAUUGGCCAACACCAGCUUCACACCUCACUGACACAGAACUGUUCGACAGACCCAGAGGUGAAAAAGGUUACUGUAAAGACAGUUGUCACAAAAUCACAGGAAUUACAAGAGAACACAGCAGAUAUUAA